AUGGGUGGAGGGAAUUCGGCGAGAUGGCCUAACCCGAAGCCUCUGCAUACGCCGGAUCGGUGCAAUUACUACAAAGCUGUCCUGGAAGGCAGGUCAGGAAGAAAGCCUCUUGGCAACGGCAGCAUUCAUGAGGUGGGAGCUUACUCUCCAUCACCUCGAAUCGAAAUGGAGGUGGCAACCAAGUGGGACCGGCGUGGCUUGAACACGUCAAGGGAUGCUGACUGUGAUUCCUUUGAUCAUUAUCCAGUGAGUGCUGAUGCAGAAAUCUCUGCACUAAGAGCAGAGCUUAUGCAGGCUCACAACCGGAUUCAUGAGCUUGAAGCUGAGAGUCGGUCUGCAAAGAAGAAGCUUGAUCACAUGUUAAGGAGCCUUUCUGAGGAAAAGGCUUCCUGGAAGAGCAGGGAGCAUGAUAAGGUUCGAGACAUCUUCGAUGGUGUUAAAGAGAGUCUGAACCGGGAGAGGAAGAACCGACAAAGGGCAGAAAUUAUGAAUUCCAAGUUGGCCACUGAGGUAUCCGAGUUGAAGUUGGUGGCAAAGCGAUACUUGCAAGAUUAUGAAAAGGAGAGGAAGGCCAGGGAGCUUAUGGAGGAGGUGUGUGAUGAAUUAGCAAAGGAGAUUGCCGAAGACAAAGCUGAGGUUGAGGCUCUGAAGAGUGAAUCUAUGAAGAUGAGAGAUGAGCUGGAGGAAGAAAGGAAGAUGCUGCAGAUGGCGGAGGUUUGGCGCGAAGAGAGGGUUCAGAUGAAGCUCGUUGAUGCAAAGCUGACACUAGACAGCAAGUAUUCACAGCUGAGCGACCUUCAGUCUGAGGUUGAGGCUUUCCUCAGUUCCCAUGGAGGCAAUACUGCAGAUAAAGAGAUGGUAAGAGAUGCAGAAAGGCUAAGGGAAGCAAUUUGCUCGAUGAAGUUUCAUGAUAUUAAGGAGUUCUCUUACAAACCGCCACCUGCUUCAGAGGAUAUUUUUGCUGUAUUUGAGGAGCUCAGACAGAGGGAAGACACCGAGGAGAAGGAGAUUGGGCAGUGUAACGGAGAUAUCCCCAUCGGUCAUGCAACAAAUAUCCACACAGUUAGUCCUGAAAAUGACAUCUUCCUGGAAAAACCAUCGAAGAGGUAUCCCCAUCAACCCUGUGCCAGAAACGAAGAGGAAGAUGACAGCGGAUGGGAGACUGUCAGCCAUGUCGAUGAGCACGGCUCGAGCAACUCACCAGGUGGGAGUGAACCAUCAGUGAACGGCUUCUGUGGAGGAGACGGCGCAUCGGUGAGUGGAACGGACUGCGAUGACAAUUCUGAAAACUGCAGGUCCAUUAGCGGUAUCAGCGAAGUAUGUUCGACCACAGCAGAGAAGUACCGGAAGAGAGGGCCUUCUUUCGCCAGACUCUGGAGAUCAUCAAACAACGACAAUGGCCGCAAGAAAACAGGAUCAGAGUUACUGAACGGGAUGCUCUCAAGUGGCAGAAUGUCGAACUCCGCUCUUUCGCCCACUCUGAAGGGCAGCGAGGUGUGCACGGUUUCGCCGAGCGUGGGCGAGUGGAGCCCGGAGCUGGUGAACCCUCACGUGGUCCGCGCGAUGAAAGGUCGCAUCGAAUGGCCCCAGGGCGCGAAGAAGCAGAGCCUGAAGUCAAAGCCUCUGGAUUCGAGAUUCGACGGCCGCAAGGUCCAGCUGCGCCAAGCAUUGAAGCAGAAGAUAUAG